GAGACACAACGCCGGCUGCGAGCUGGGCUGGUUUUUCUGUCGGAGGACGCGAGCAGGGGCGCGUUGCGCCUUUAAGGAGUUCAAGCCAAGCCUUUCGCCGAGAGCUGAGAGUGCGCAGGUGCGGGGACCUGGGGACGGAGGGCGGUGAUCCUGCAACUGGACCCCGGCUUCUGUGGUCGGUCAGAAUCUCAUUUUCAGCUCCUGCCAAAGCCAGUAACUUUGGGAAAGAGUCUGCUCCUUGAAGAUGCUGGAACUCGUGAUGUACAUGACCUUGGGCACAAAGUGUUCUAAGUCCUAGACUGAUGGGACAUUGGGUAAUUAACUUCCCAGUUCCGGAGUCUGAAUCACUGGCUCUCUGCACUUCUUAAGGACAUCCUGAGCCUCUGCAGGUGUCUACCAGUCUUGAAGAGCAGGAUGGAUCUAGAUGUAGUUAACAUGUUUGUGAUUGCGGGUGGAACUCUGGCCAUUCCAAUCCUGGCAUUCGUCGCCUCUUUUCUCCUGUGGCCUUCAGCGCUGAUAAGAAUCUAUUAUUGGUACUGGCGGAGGACACUGGGUAUGCAAGUCCGCUAUGUUCACCAUGAGGACUAUCAGUUCUGCUACUCCUUCCGGGGCAGGCCAGGACACAAACCGUCCAUCCUCAUGCUCCAUGGAUUCUCUGCACACAAGGAUAUGUGGCUCAGUGUAGUCAAGUUCCUUCCGAAGAACCUGCACUUGGUCUGCGUGGACAUGCCUGGUCAUGAAGGCACCACCCGCUCGUCCCUGGAUGACCUAUCUAUAGAUGGGCAAGUUAAGAGGGUACAUCAGUUUGUAGAAUGCCUUAAGCUGAACAAAAAGCCCUUUCACCUUAUAGGCACCUCCAUGGGUGGCCACGUGGCUGGAGUAUACGCUGCUUACUACCCGUCUGAUGUUGGCAGCCUGUGUCUUGUGUGCCCUGCUGGCCUGCAGUAUUCAACUGACAAUCAAUUUGUACAACGGCUCAAAGAGCUGCAGGACUCAGCUGCCAUUCAGAAAAUUCCCUUGAUCCCAUCCACCCCGGAGGAGAUGAGUGAGAUGCUCCAGCUCUGCUCCUAUGUCCGAUUCAAAGUGCCCCAGCAGAUCCUUCAAGGCCUUGUUGAUGUUCGCAUCCCUCAUAACAGCUUCUACCGGAAACUGUUUUUGGAAAUUGUCAGUGAGAAAUCCAGAUACUCUCUGCAUCAGAACAUGGACAAGAUCAAGGUCCCAACACAGAUCAUUUGGGGAAAACAGGACCAGGUGCUUGAUGUGUCUGGAGCAGAUAUAUUGGCCAAGUCCAUCGCUAACUGCCAGGUAGAGCUUCUGGAAAAUUGUGGCCACUCAGUGGUGAUGGAGAGACCCAGGAAGACAGCCAAGCUCAUUGUUGAUUUUUUAGCUUCUGUGCAUAACACAGACAACAACAAGAAGCUGAACUGAGGUCCUUGCCACAGCCUGCAUUGUUCACACAGCAUCUACUCCCAUCCCGCAAACUUGAUACAGUCACCACUCUCAGGGAUCCUGCCCCAAAUGCAGUUGGAGCACCAAUGUCCCUGAGGAAGUCGGUCUCCUACCCCAGUAUUCUUGGUUCCACAGAGCAUCAGGGGCCACAAGGAAAUCUCCAAGAUCUUUUUUCAAAAUAGAAACCUAAAUGGAACUAAAUAAAAAAAAAAAAAAAAAAAAAAAACCCAGCCAUGAAGCCUACUAGAAGUCUUCAAGUUCAUGUCACUGACAAGCUAAUGCUAAGCAGCCACCUUCUACCAUGAUCAUGAGUGACAUUUUCUUUAGGACAUUCCUCACACAUUAAACUUGAGAUAAUUUUUGUUGCUUCAGAUAUAUCCCUUGCAUGGUCAGUGGCUCCUAUAGAGGAGCUUUAGUCAUUUAUUGAACUCUUGUUUAGAUCUAAGUCAAGUUUUGCAUAGAGGUCCAUGUGUGAAUGUAGCCCAUUAGCCACAAGACUAGGGAAGAAACAGUAAACUGUGGAAGAGGUUUCUGCCCUAGGCCCUGUUGUACAGACCUGGAAUCUCAGCCACCUGGGAGGCUGAGGCAGGAGGAUCCAAGUUCAAGACUUGCCUGAAGUACAGAGUGAGUUCAAGGUCAGCCUGAGCUACUCACUAAGACAAAAAAAAAAUUUACAAAGAAAAGAAAAAAUGUUUCUAUUUUUUUUUUUAAACAUAUAGAAACAUACAUGGAGGGGCAUUGUUCUGCCUUAGCCAGCCCUCAGAACUGCUGAAGCAGCAGAACAUGGGCUGAUGGGUUUGGGUACCUACAAACCAUACCUAACCAGAAUGAAGAACAUCUGAUAGGGUGGGUUUCCUAGAAAUAAUUUAUAAUUUUUAAAAAUAGGACUAAUAAAGCAAUAAUGUUCUAGGCUUCUAUCUAAUCAGACUGGAGUUCCACACCAAGCAGCUCAUGGGCAUCUUUUCUAUUCUGCUGUUCUACUGAUAACCCUUGGAUGUAAAAUACUAGUUUGUUAAUGAAUUCUGUGAAUUCUGUGAACAAUGAUGUGAUUGAAAAAGUAAGUCCAAACAGCUGUAAAAGUGACUACAAUGACGUGAAAUAAACUUAAGAAGCCUGGGCUGGCAACACA